CUCGGAUUGCAGCUAGCGAUUUUUCUUCCCUCUAGCGUCUCAGCCAUGAGUGCCCGAUGGGCCUCUGGCCUAGGACCCCGGGUUCACGCGUACCCCAGUGCAAUGCGCACAGUGCGAUCCUGGGGCAAGAACAUCCAGCGGGCUUCGGUCGUCUACAGGAUUGCUUUGGUGAUGUGGCUGGUGUUGGUGCCAGCUAAUGCUCAACUGAAGCCACGACCUGUGGACUUGGUAAGCUUAACGGACAUGUCGAUCACCACGCUUGGCAUCGAGGUCCGCACGGGCAUCUGCGAAGAGCGCCCGGCUUGGAUAGACGACGAAGGCCAGCCGAAAUUUCCAGGUCCAGACACCGCCUAUGGAGUCACUAGACAGGCCAUUCUUUCCGUACCUACUGUUGAAGCCUUCGCAGAUGAGUUCCCCACAGAUUUUUCUAUCUUGGCAGCAGUUCGACCCGAACAGAAUUCCGUAGCUCCUUUAUUUGCUAUCUACGACACAUCGGGUGAAGAACAGCUGUCGUUGCAAAUCGGCUACAACGUUACCCUGUCUAUAAGAAGCAGCAACGGGAACGACAGUGCCCUUUCGGAAAUAGUUUUUCCGCAAGCCGUCAAUGACGGAAAGCAAGUCUCUCCGCACUUCUCUGUUCUUUUUGAUACUUAA